CCGAGCCCCUCUCCGCUCUGCUCCGCUCUCCUCUCCUUCCCCCGCUCCCGCUCCUACCAUCGCGGUCGAAAUCCUUGAGGAAGGCGGCGAGUUUCCUGCUGCGGGAGCUGGAGCCCUUUUUCCUGCCGGGAGCCAUGGCGGCGCGGRCCGGGCCGUUCCUUGUGGCGGUUUGAGCCGCCCGCCGCCAGCGCCAGCCAAUGGCGGGGCCGCGCGCGGUGAUGACGUGAACAGAGCGCGCCGGGGUGAUGGCGGCCAUGGCGGCGAUGGCGGGCGCGCUCCGGGCCUGGGCGGAGGCGGCGGCGCGGGCGGACACAGCAGCGAGAGAGGCUCUGACCGCCUGGAGCCCGCUGCUGGACGCUCUGGCCGCGCUGGCGGCGCAGAUGCGGGCGGCGCGGAGGCUGCCGUGGGACGCGGCGCCGCUCGGUUCCUUCCCGGAGCUGCGGGCGCGGCUGUGGCGGAAGCAGCGCGGCGCGGCUGAGGCGCUGCUGGAGCAGCUCGGCGGGCGGCGGGAGGAGCUCCGGGCCGUGCGGGACGCUGCCGGGGCCGCCGCCGCCGCUGUGCUGCGGUUGUACGAGGAGCAAGCGGCCGAGCUGGGGCUGGCGGUGGUUCUGCGGCGCGGCCCGCGCUGCCCAUCGCUGGCCGACGUGUUGGAGGGGCUGCAGGACGUGGAGCGCUACUACCGGCACUUGUUCUUGGAGAGCAAGCUGCUCCUGCAGCGCCUUACCUGUGACAACCUGGCAGAUGUGGAAGCCCUGCCACAGUCCUGGGAGAGGAUUUUGGAGCGCUACAAAGRUGACGUCGUUCAAGAUACUCUCCUGAAGGUCUCGCUGUUUGUGGAGAACCAUCGGGAGCUGAGCUGCUCACCUGGCUCCUGACAGGGCAGCAGGGACUGGCAUUGACCAGCUUCUGCAGGAAACACUUGGACUGUGCYAUUUUCAAGUGGAAAUGGCCUUGGUGUCUGAAGAAGAGGCUGAACCAAAAAAGUCGUGAGGGUGGAAGGGAAUUUUCUCCAGGUGUGGGACUUGUCCUUUCCUUCUCCUGCCAUGGAUGUUUUGUAUCAUGAAAAAAAUGUUGAUACUUACUUACAYGAGAUGCUGCAGAUGUGAGUGUAACAGAGUCCUUCAGGCUGGUGCUAUGAAAGAUAUUUGGUCUCUGUCCUUAGAACCAAAGAAGAGAUGUCAGAUUAGGGUUUAUGAAGAGUGGUUACCUCAUGUCYUUGAGCAGUGUGUUUGCAUUCAUCCCACCUGGGCAUGGAGGAGGAGGGAGCAAAUGAAAAUGUGAUUAUAGAGGUGCAUGGAUGCCUGAGUUCUGACAUGGGCCGUUUUCAAGGGUGUUACAGUACACUGCUUUGAUACCUCUGAUACUUCAGAGCCCACUGAAAUCAGUCUUAAAACAUCACUGUCUGGUAGCAUCAGCUGCUGACAGGUCAGGGACACUUUUAUUGGCCAUAGCACUUAUCCUCUGAAUGUUCCUGGGAAGCGCUGGGGUGUUUGUCUCUAAAUAACAUAUUUGUUAAGGAGCUGAAGCUUCUCAGAGAAAGCCAAUAAAGAAUUGCCUUGGACACGUUGUGGGUGUGUUUGUGCUGCYGUCUCUGUGUCUCCAACCUGGAGUGUCCCCGCGGCCACCUGAGGGCACUGCGUGACCAGAGAGUGGUGGUGGCAGGGAGCAGAUGGGGGUG